CGUACUUUUCCCUACUUCCGUGUACGUGUUCGCGUUACCACGCGCUGAAUAAUUGUUCCCGAAUUACUACUUAACGUACUAAAACCUCUCGACACAUCACGUCCGAUUGCUACUUUACUGGAGUAAAACUUCAUUAAUUACAUUUGUUUCCCCGGAUAAAUUCUUCUCGGCGUACGUUGAAGCUUCUCGAGCUCAUCGAGCUUCGUUUCUUUUGCUGGCUGCUAACAAAAGACGCAUUUGUUAUCAAGUGUGAGUGUAAAGUGUUGUGAUUAUCGCGUAGAAAUGUGUGCAACAAGCGUGAAAGAAGAAGAGUACGAGGAGGAACUUUGUGGAACAAAAGAGGAGAACGACACACAAGGUCAAGUACCGGAGACGCUUUUCAAGAAGCCCCAAUAUGUGUUACACAGUGCAGACAUCAGUGAGGAAGAUUGUUAUACUGACCAUCAGGACCUGGAGCGUGCCCACCUUAAAGAGGAAGAGGAGCCGGCGACGCCUUACAUUAAAGAGGAAGAGGAGGAGGCUGAUAUCACUGAGUUUCCAUUGACUGUCAUUGUGAAGAGUGAAGACGAAGAUGAUGAAGAAGGUGAUGGAGGAUCCCAAGCAGACAGCCACUUAGCUCCACUGUACGAUAAUGACGACAUAACAUCACACUCCCCUGACACUGACGAGAAUGAUGACGAUGACGAUGAACACUCUAAAGGUGAUGUGAUAGGUCACAGUGACAACAAACGCGUCAGAUGUUCUCAGUGUGACAAUACUUUUUUCAACAAGUCAUCACUGAAAAGACACAUGAGAACACACACUGGAGAGAAGCCUUUUGCCUGCUCAGUCUGCGGUCUUAGAGUAACUCAAAAAAGUAUUUUAACCACUCACAUGAGAACACACACUGGAGAAAAACCUUUUGCCUGCUCCGUUUGUGGCAAAAGAUUCUAUGUCAAGGGACAAUUAAGAACACACACUAGAAUACACACUGGGGAGAAACCGUUUGCCUGUUUGGUGUGUGGUAAAACAUUCUCUUUGAAGACAAGUAUAAUAACGCACACAAGAACGCACACUGGAGAGAAACCUUUUGUCUGCUCAGUCUGCAAUUUUAGUUUCAGUGCUUAUUCAGGAUUGUUUAAACACAUGAAAACACAUAGUGGGGAGAAGGAAUUCCCCUGCUCAGUUUGUGGUAAAAGAUUCGCUCGAAGCUGCAGUCUGACAACUCACUCAAGAAUACACACUGGUGAGAAACCAUUUCAUUGCAGUGUGUGUGAGAAAAAAUUCUCUCGUAAGGAUCAAGUUAAGAGACACAAGUGUGUUGGCGUGAAGACCAGCAGUCAUUAACAAAACAAGAUGUGAAAGUAUAAACGUGAUCCUGAAUAUAAGUCAUCAAACUGUGAUUGUGAUCAGCAUCUAUAAUUGUCGGAGCCGGAAUGCAGUCAAGCAAAAUUUUUGGUGUUUUCUUUGGAUAAGCCAUUUGAGGUCUGUGGUGAUGGUUGUGUUAUUGCAUCUUGCAUACAUUCAUCAUGGGCAUGAAUAUCAUAUGAAUGUUGGUCUUUUCGUGCAUCCAAUCGCAGGACCAGAUCUUGAUCUACUGGGCUCAACAAAGAAGACAUCCUCAACAGAUUCACAAAGUGGCUGCAAUGUCAUGAGUGUUGUUUGCAUGUUUUUGUGUAUAUGCAACAGGUGACGCUGCCUUGUAACGUCUUCUGUCAUUUGUAAUAAAAUCUGUAAUUCA